CCAGCACAAACACGCCAUAGAAGCUUUGUGGAUUCAAAGGAUUUGCUCGCUUCUCUCAAAGAGCCGCCAUUCUUUGAUGAUUGGACAGCGGCAAACUUCAAAGUCUGCCAUCUUGUUUGUGAGUGGCUGCCGGCCCGCUUAUCACAUCCUCUCAAGUGAUCCGCCGCCGCCGCCGCGUCAGAUAGUGCGAGGAGAUCCGCGAGAGAGGAAGGCGUCGCGUCAGAGGCUCGCUCACAGUCGACUUUUUUUUUUGUUUUUUUUGUUUUUUGUUUUUGUUUUGGGGGUUUUUUUUUGCCUCUUUUACCACCGAUGCGAACACUUUUUUGAAUUACCUGCCACUUUUGUCCGGCGCGCGCGGCUGUGUUGCGCGUUUGUUGUCCGGGCGGAGGAGGACCAUGGCAGCUGUGGCUGUACUGCGGAACGAGACACUUCAAGCUUUUCUGCAGGACCGCACUCCCAACUCCUCCCCGGAGAACUGCAAACACUCCCCGCUGGCUCUUCUGGCCGCCACCUGUAACCGUAUCGGACACCACCACCACCACCAUCACCAUCACCACCACCCGCCGGGUUCCGGGCCAUCCGACUUCCUCCAGGUCCCGUACGACCCCACCACGCUGGGCUCCCCGUCGCGCUUGUUCCACCCCUGGACUAAUGAGGCCUGCAGCCCUCCGAGCAACUCCACUUUCGGACUACCCUCUAAGCCCCUGCAACAGCCGCUCAGCUCGUUCGCCCCCCCGCACGAAUUGCCUCUCACCCCUCCCGCGGACCCCGGCUACCCGUAUGACUUCUCCCCGGUGAAGAUGCUGCCGUGCUCCAUGCAGUCCGCCUGCCCGCCCACUUACGUGCCGGCCGUCAGCUACGCAGCGCCCGCCCCCAUGCCCACCUUCGUCACGGGCCAUGCGGGCCAGAGGCAGCUAACUCCCCCCAACCCGGCCGAGGACAUCCCGUGGUGGAGCCUGCAGCAGGGCAACCCCCACCCCCACCGCUUCCAGCUGCAGCGGGGCCUGGUCCUCCACGGCCCGACGGCGGACUUCGCUCAAUACCAGACGCAAAUCGCGGCCCUUUUGCACACCAAGUCGCCCCUGAGCACCGCGCGCCGCUGCAGGAGGUGCCGCUGCCCCAACUGCCAGUCGGCAUCCAACUCCGGGGGCACGGAUGAGCCGGGCAAGAAGAAGCAGCACGUCUGCCACAUCCCGGGCUGCGGGAAGGUCUACGGCAAGACAUCGCACCUGAAGGCGCACUUGCGCUGGCACUCUGGCGAGAGGCCCUUCGUGUGCAACUGGCUCUUCUGCGGCAAGAGUUUCACGCGCUCCGACGAGCUGCAGAGGCACUUGAGGACUCACACCGGGGAGAAGCGCUUCGUGUGCCCGGACUGCUGCAAGCGCUUCAUGCGGAGCGACCACUUGGCCAAGCACGUCAAGACGCACCAGAACAAGCGGAGCAAGUGCGUGCAGGACAAGGCAGCGGCGGCGGCAGAGCACGUCAAGAGGGAAGACUCGAGGAAUCUUUUCCUGUGACCCUCAUGAUCAAAACACUACAAAAAGAAAAGUUUUUGUGCAAUACUUUUGGGGGAGGGGGGGGGGGUCUGAGCUCUGCGUUGUGUUAGAAGAGUGCACAAUGGACUGCAGCGAGCUUUGAAAUCACUGAGACUUGUGCUGAUCUUCGCUUGAAGGUUUGGAUUUGCUUGUAAAUACUAUUUAAUAGCUUUUGUUGAAUGAAAGUGUCCAUUGUUUUCGCACCAUAAGGGAGGUGUUUUUAAGCAUGCUCUUGAGAACAUUUGCUAUUGUUAUGACCUUAAUGUGAGAAUAAAGAAUCUUAACGUUUUUU